CGGCAGCCGCCAUGAAGGUUGAGCUGUGCAGCUUCAGCGGGUACAAGAUCUACCCGGGACACGGGAGGCGCUACGCCAGGACCGAUGGGAAGGUCUUCCAGUUUCUGAAUGCAAAAUGCGAGUCUGCAUUCCUUUCCAAGAGAAAUCCUCGGCAAAUAAACUGGACUGUCCUCUACAGAAGAAAACACAAAAAGGGACAGUCGGAAGAAAUUCAAAAGAAAAGAACAAGACGAGCAGUCAAAUUUCAGAGGGCCAUCACUGGUGCAUCUCUUGCUGACAUAAUGGCCAAGAGGAAUCAGAAACCAGAAGUUAGAAAGGCCCAAAGAGAACAAGCUAUCAGGGCUGCCAAGGAAGCAAAAAAGGCUAAGCAAGCAUCUAAAAAGACUGCCAUGGCUGCUGCUAAGGCUCCCACAAAGGCAGCACCUAAGCAGAAGAUUGUGAAGCCUGUGAAAGUUUCUGCUCCACGAGUUGGUGGAAAACGCUAAAUUGGCAGAUCAGAUUUUCAAAUAAAGAUCUGUAAUUC